CCCGCUCUGUCACCGCCAGCGAGCCGCGCUCGGGGUUCCUCUACCUGGCAACCGAUGACGUCAGAGCCGCCGAGCGUUCCCAUUGGCUGGCGCUGCGUUGGGGACACGGGUGGGGCCAGCGAAGCCCCCCGUGGGGACAUUGGGGACAUUGGGGACGCGGAGGGGCCAUGGGUGACUUGGUGGCCGCGCUGCUCUGGGGGGUUUUUGUCGCUGUCGCCGUCGGUGACCCCGACCCCGACCCUCCCCCCCACCUCCUCUCCGAGGUCCUCACCUGCCAGCCCGACCCUCCCUCCUUGUCCCUCUCGGUCACCUUGGACGGGCGCGACCUUUUCUGGUUCGAUUUUCCCGGAUCGCGCUGGAAUCCCGGGAUUCCCUCUCUGCCCCCCUGGCCCUCGGAGCUGGAAUCUCCCCAGGAAAUCCUCCCCGAGGCUCAGCUCUGCAAGGAAAUCCUGGGAGUUCUCGGCCGGACACUCACGGGAGUCAUGCCCGAGGCCAGGGCAAUCCCGGAGAUCUCGCUGUUCCCGGCUCUCCCUCCCGUCCCUGGCGAACCCAACACCCUGGUGUGCCUGGUGGAAAACAUUUUCCCCCCCGUGCUGGACAUCACCUGGACGGUGGCCGGAGCUGUGGUCACUCAAGGGGUCACUCAAGGUCCCUUUGUCCCCACGAGUGACCUCACCUUCGUCCGCCUCUCCCGAAUUUCCGUCACCACCCUCGAGCCCGGAACCGUCCACGCCUGCGUGGUCACCUCGCGCAAGGACAACGCCACCAUGGUGGCCUAUUGGGUGGCUCCGGACACGGCGCUGGACGAGCAGCUGGACAUGGCACUGGCCGGAGCCGCGUUGGCCCUGGGCAUCGUCCUGGUCCUGCUGGGAGUUGUGCUGGCCCUGCUGGCCCGCAGGGACAGGAACGGUUGAGGUGAUCGGCGCGGGAAUCGGGAAUGAAUUUGGGAACUAAACUCGGCUUUUCCUAAAUAAAUCCAGAGCUUUGGGC